GAAUACAACUGAAACAACAAGAAAGAAUAUCAAAAUACGACAGACGACAUGCUGUUGAGUGCAGAAAUUGGUGAAGAAAGAGUAGACGAAGUUAUUGGGAGUGCGAAUAGUGCCUCCGCCAACAACGCCAGCAAUCAUACCACAAAGAGUGGCAAAGACAACAACGACAUCGGCGAAGACAACGACACCAACAACAUUGCUGCCGUCGCUGCCGAGUUUGACAACUAUUAAAGUUUUAAGGGGCUGAGAAUAACAAACCAACGAGACCGAAGCACAACAGAGACAAAAACGAAGUUGUUGGCGAACGAAUGAGACAAACACGAUUGCCGCCAUCUACAUCGAGUUGGCUCAAAGGAAAUUCAAACUGGCUUCGUCAGUUGAUUACCGUCCGCCGUCGUCGUCGUGUGUUGUUUUGCGAAAAAGUGCCCAGUGUGCGUUGUUGUGGAAGUUCGUCGUCGCUAAAGCGUCUUGUAGAGUACGCGCGACCGACCGAUGUCAAGGUGAUGCGCGUGUGUAUGCCCAUAUGUAAUAAUACCAACAACAACGCAAAAAUUGUCGUUGUCGUCGAAGAAGAAGCAGCAAUAUCUUGGUGAUAAUGCCUGCUCGGAGUGUAGUGUACGACGAAAAAAAAAAGUAAAGAAGUUAGUGUUGAGUGUUUGUGAGUAAGUUCGUGUGUGUGUGUGAGUCUGUGAGGAGGGGAUACCCAUAAAAGAAAUUACAAGAAAAUAAUAAAAAAAUUAAAGAUCACCCGUUUGACAAGUUGUUUAUUUCGACAUAACCCCGGAAGAAUGAUAAAUUUUAUUACUGUCUAACGUUUAACGCCCGGGCGAAAACCACAAAAAAGGAAGAAAGAAAAAUCCAAACAAAAAGAAAUACCCGAAAUACAAAAAAAUAGAAAUAAAAGAACCACACACGAAAAACAAAAAAAAAAAAAAACACACAAAAAGCAAAAGAACAAAAUUAGCCACCGGCAACAGUUUUGCCCAACCAACCGCGCACACAUUAAAUUAUAAUAGGACCGGCUUAAACCGGACCGAACGCAACGCAAAACAACGAUUCAACCACAUUGUGGCUCGUUUGGAUUAAACUUGAAAUCGACACAGAAGAAUACCCUAACCAUGGGCACCAAAUCGCCGGGUGGACCUCAGCGCUGUCGUUUAAUUCUAAAACAAUGCCUGGCCAUCCAGCUGUCCAAGCCGGGUCACACACUGGACGAUUUCUGGAUGUAUGAUUCAGGCUAUAUGAUUUUCCAGAAUUUCUUAUCGGCCAAUGCUCAAUGCUGGUGGAACGCACCAUUAACAGCUGCUACUCGGGCUUUGCGCUAUGCUGGUCAUGUGGCGCCGGGUAUGCUGUUGGUAUGCGGCGAGCCCUGUGCCCUGGAAGUGGUCCGAGGGGCAUAUGCACGAAGUGUCCUCAAGCCGCCGGCAACGUAUAUCAUCAGUUCUGUGGGUGACAUUGAGGACUGCAUUGUAACGCCCAUUAUGCAGGGUCAAUUUACCCCGCUACCCGAAGCUCUAUGUGAUGUUAUUAUGGACUUAACGGCCGAAGGUCAUUCAGCAACCAUAGAAAAUAUACGCACAAAGAUACAAGUACGAUUUCCACACAUGACGGCACCCUCCGUGGAGGUGAUUUACGAUUCACUGGCCCAGCUGAUGCAGGAUCAGAAAAUCUAUCAGACGGCAAAGGGUUACUUUAUACUGACGCCAGAAAGACGACGUUCCCGUUCACGGCCGCGCAGUCAUCACAACGGCUAUGAAGAUUUAAAUGAAUCGGCCGAAAGUGUACCCUCAGAGCCGCGCACCAUGUUAAUGACCAACGAGGAGGCCCUACAUUCGUUGUAUGGUGAAAUUUCUACCGAACGUGAUGGAGAUUUGACACACCAGUGUAUACAGACGAAUUUGGCCGAUGUUAUAUGUGGUGGCAACCCAAGUGAUAAAAUCCUAUAUCCACGAACCUCAAAACGACGCAGCUCCUCAUUUCCCACACCUCGAAGUCUGGAACGAAGGCAUAGCUUACGACUGUUUGGUUCAUCGAAACGUUUACAGCGAUGUGCCUCAACGCGUAGCCUAUCGAAAACCUAUGCUCAGACCCUAAACACGGAUAGCAGUAGUUCGGAGUACCAAAGCACAGAUUCCUCAUCACCAAAAAAAGGAUCUUUGUUAUCGCGUCUAUUUCGCCGCAGCGGCCGAAAUAAGUCACGUCAACUUGAAACCUACUCUGCCCAGUUUCCACCAGCGGAAUGGUUUAAUUCCAAGGCGGUACAUCUUCAUAGUGUGGGUACACAGACCCAGGAUCAUGACAUGCCCACGGUACACACCUUGUCGAAUUCCACAUUCUAUGAUGGCUCGGAGUUGAGUCAACGUUCCUUGACCCUGCCGCGCCGACAUCGCCGCAAUUUGUCAAGUGAAUCCACAUUUGUGAUAUCUUCGCGAGAUUGUUCACCCAUACGAAGACGUUCGCCUGUCUACAGUAGUAGCUCUCUGCCCCGUUCUACACAAUCCAUACCUGCCACAUCGCAUUUAAAUAAUAAAACGAAUGGUAGUGGAAGUGGUGUUGGCGUACCAACCUCCAAUUAUAAUGGCAAUACAAAUACACUGCCGGCUCGGGCCAGUACACCAUAUCGUAGCUCACAAAAAUCCAUACACAGCGGUUCAGUGGCUCGUCACAUGCUGGAGCAUUCGCCUUCGCGGAACACCACUACCACCACCACGACGGCUUCAACGAAACUAACACCUGCCAACAAUAGAAAUUCGGACAGCCGACCCGAUUAUCGUAUGUGGCAAAGUGGUCCCUCAAGUUUGGAAUCGGGCAAAACUUCUCUGUAUGCCGGCACCUCGGGACCCUCCAGCAUUGAUAGCGGCAAGGUGUCGUAUGUACGCACAAGUGGUCAUUCUAGUCUAGAUUCGCAACGUUCCAGCAGUUCCACAGUUAUACAACCUCGUUCCAUAAUAAUGUUGAAUGGUUCGCCCAGGGGAACCCCACGACAUCAGGUGUUGAGGGCCCGUAAUGCUGAGCAAAUAAUGAGAAAUCAGGCUUCCUCUACCUCCACGCCCAAUACCAGCUCUCCCAAGCAUAUGGGCUCGGGCCAAUCGGGCAAUUCGAGUUCUCCCUUGGAAUCCCGUCUAAAUGGCCAGGCAGAAAAUAUGGAAAAUUCUGCAGCCAUUGCCAAUUCACCAUCGAGUAAUUCAAUUACCCUCAAACUGACCACCUCCAAUGAUGGCCAACAUUGUCUGCCAAAUACCAAAAUUGUGGUCCAAAACACCCCGGCUCAAAGUGUUAUAACCUUUGAGAACAGCAAACUCAAUGAGAAUUCCAAUGUGUUUAUAUUCAACAAUGAAACCACCAUGAAUGAGAGAGGCGAGAUCAUCAAGAAAACUCUGUCCAAGCAGCACAUGGCCGCCGGGGCCAAUCACAAGCUAAGGCAAAAUGGCAAGGAAAAAAGUCAAACGCCGGAGUUGCCAGUCACCCCUGAGAAUCAAAUAUAUGCGGAAAGUGGUUCGAAUCGUGGUUCGGAUACCGAAACCUGUGAUUCCAUGUCAUAUUUAAGCUCCUUGUCCUCGGAUAAGCCUCAUGAUUCCAUUGAAUUUCCAAAGGCCUCCAAGAACAAUCUCAUGGAAUCAGGUACAAAUACCAACACAACGCCAACGACCACAACCAUGAAUAACAGUCGGAAGCUAAGUCUGGCAGUGGCCCCCUCCAAUGCAGGCCAGUUGAUUUAUAAAAACAAUGUGCUGAAGAACAGCGAUUCCCAGCCCACAACACCCUGUGAUGAUGUGAAACUGAUGAGUGGCAUUGAUUUCAGCAAGGCUAAGCUGGAAAUGACCGGUUCGGUGGGUAAUCUCAGAUUUUAUGAGAAGUCAUCCAAGGACACUUUGAACAAGACCAUUAAUUCGAAUUGUGAGCUAAACAAUUUGAGAUAUGACUCUUCAACUCUGUUGGCCAAAAAUGAUAAUCUGAAUUCAAACACUUCGCUGAGUGGAAAUCCCAAUAAUUCUGGAGGGGGAGGCGGUGGUGGGGGUAGCUUGGCCCAGAUUCUGCAAAAGAAUCUCAACUCGAUUGGCAGUGAACCAAAUUUGGCCCAAAAGGAUACCAACUGCCUAAGUUCGGUGGAUAAAUCCAUACGCAAGGACACCUUGGAUAGGCGUUUAAGUCUUUCCAAAGAACAUCAAGCCGAGGCAGAGGAUCUUUACAACUUUCCCAGCCUAACGGAUUUAUCGUUUAAUUUUACCUCAUUGGCAGCCCAGAAAAUCCUGCAGGGUGUUAGUUUGAAUAGCAUUGAUACAUUGGUGGAAUUGAAUAUGGCCGCUGCAGCAGCUGCGGCGGCGUCAGCAGCAGCAAAUUCUUCCACAGCCACUGCCUCGGUUAGGGAGAAACCUCAAAAUAAUCAACCCACUGCCGUUUGUACAGAUUUUGGCAUGGUUUGAGGGGAAGAGGAGUAGAAACCAUAAAAGAAGGCAAUUAUAUCAAAACCUAAUGGACGUACCGAUACGUGUUAGGUACUCAACAAAGUGGAUCGAAAGCAAUAUACCAAUUACACCACUGUAUUUUGGCACCGGAAAAUCAAUUUCCAUGGCAAGGAAAUCGAAAUUUUAGAAUUUGAAAAUUUUUGUGAAAAUCUAGUGCCAAAAUAUUUUAGUUCAAAAUAGCAAUAGAAUAUUAGUUUCUACUAGAAGCAAUAAUAUGCAAUAUUUUUUUUAUAGAGUUCCAUAGAACAAAAAGGACAAGAAACAAGCAUAACUAAUCAAAAAAUUAUAUACACAACAUUCUUAGUAGGAAACACCUCCCCGAAGGAACCCCAUGUUUUCCCCCAUUAAAUAAUUAAUUAGACUCAGGAAUUUAUAAUUUUGUUUUUUUUUUUUAAUUGCACAUAAAAGGAUUGCCACAAACAAUCCCCCCGGUAGCAAAUGCUGCUUUCUCUAAACCCCCCAACAGAAACCAAGGAGCAUUAUCAAUAUACAUUAUAUACUAUAUAUAAAUAUAUAUUGGACGACAAUAACCUAGAGCCAGUUGAUACUAAAAAAAUCGAUAUUUUUUAUUAAUUCAUAAUUAGCCAAGUAGGAAUUUUUGUAUGUAAUUUUGUGUUUUUUUUUUUCUUUUAUAUAUAUACAUAUGUAUUAUUGUAGUAUUUUUUUUUUAUUUUGUAUAAUUUAUAUUAUCCAUUAUGGUAUAUCGUGUACCAUGUAUUUUAAAGAUGUGUUUUUUAUUACUCUGUACAUAUUUAUAUAUAACGACCUCCGUAUAUCCCAUGUAUCGAAAAUCUAGUUAUAAUGCUUGCAUUAAAUAUCGAAUAUUAUUAUAACAAAAAAAGAAAAUAAUAAAAAAAAAUCAUUUUAUA